CACGCGUGUGCGCAUCUUAGGUUGCGUUUUUAACGUGCCGUUGCAGCCAGCGGCUUCGAGCAGCUUCGAAAGAGAGCGGAAGAGAGAGACGGAUAGACAUAGACAGAUAGAUAGAUAGAUAGAUAGUUAGAUAAAGAGAGAGAGAGACAGAGAUUUCGAUAAGCAUCUUCGCGUUGUACUCGCGCGGCGUACUUGACGAACAAAUCGAGGCGCGCGCGGUCGAUUUCGUGUUUCUCUUUUCCUCGCGGUUUUCUACGGGAUCUUCAACGGGGCGCCGGCCGACGACGAUGAUGAUGAUGAAGACGGCAAGGUUGUGAGAGCGACGCACACCUGGAGCGUCCGAUACGCGGCGCGAUGGCAUGGAAAUGGUGACGAAUUUCAGUAUCCAGCAUCUGGCCACUCGUCCUGAGGGAUAUAUAGAUCAGAAGUAAGGAUGACCUUCCAUUGGGAUAAGCUCUCGCCAGCUGAAUUCCAACAACUUCAGGACUUGGCAGCUUAUUCCACGCGGAAGCUCCAGGAUGUUCUGGCCGAAUUUUGUGGGAGCAACACAACGUCGAGCGGCGUGCCAAAAUAUCAUCCGGACGGAGACAUCGAUUACGAGGGUUUCCGCAAAUUCCUGAAUUCAUAUCUGGAGAUCGAUACGCCGGAAGAAUUAUGCCGACAUCUUUUCCUUUCGUUCGUCAGGAAGGGUUCGCGCGGAGUGGACGGAAAAGCCUUCAAAGAGAUGGCCGUGCUCUCCUCAACAACUGCCUGCGCCGCAAUUACAUCGCACACGACUUCCAGCAGUAACGUUAAUAGCACCGGCGUACCAGGCGGGGCAUCCACGGAGGGUCACGUUGGAUCCUCGCUGGCUGACAAAAUUCACGGAAUUACGGAAAAAUUGCAAGCUCUAGGUCAUCAUAGAACGGAAAGCGAAGUCUCGAGAACGAAAACAGGAAGCGUGCAUCCGAUGUUAACGGUCACUCAUACAUCGUACAGCUGUCACGAUGUGCUAGAGAAGAAGAGCACAGACAGCAGUCCAAGUCAAAGCCAAAUGUCGCGUAAUUCAUCCAGGAAGUCGAACAAUUCCCUUCUUGUCAACAACGGGAAAUUGGAAGAGAUGAGACAUCUUGUCAGAAAGCAAAGCACAAUAGACGUUCAGUCUGUUAAAGUCAGCCUCAAAGACAUCGUUUGUUAUCUCUCUCUCUUGGAAGCGGGCAGACCGGAAGAUAAACUGGAAUUCAUGUUCCGGCUAUAUGAUACGGAUGGGAAUGGCGUCCUUGAUACGAACGAGAUGGACUGUAUCGUAAAUCAAAUGAUGAAUGUCGCGGAAUAUCUCGGCUGGGACGUCAGUGAGUUAAAGCCGAUUCUGCAAGAUAUGAUGAUAGAAAUUGACUACGACGCAGAUGGUACAGUUUCGCUAGAAGAAUGGAAGAGAGGUGGCCUCACGACAAUACCCCUGCUAGUUCUUCUGGGUUUGGAUUCCCACGUAAAGGAAGACGGAAAUCAUCUGUGGAGGCUAAAACAUUUCAGUAAACCCGCGUACUGCAAUCUCUGUCUAAAUAUGCUGGUUGGCCUUGGCAAGAAAGGGCUAUGUUGUGUCUUUUGCAAAUACACGGUACACGAGAGAUGCGUACAAAGAGCGCCAGCUUCCUGCAUAGCCACAUAUGUUAAGAGUAAGAAGACACCUCAAAUAAUGACUCAUCAUUGGGUCGAAGGUAAUUGUCAUGGAAAAUGUUCCAAAUGCAGAAAGACCAUCAAGAGUUACAAUGGCAUUACCGGUUUACGCUGCAGAUGGUGUCAAUUAACCUUGCAUAAUAAAUGUGCGUCACAAGUGCGAGCAGAAUGUACGCUCGGCGAUCAUAUGAUACACAUCCUUCCACCUACGGCAAUUUGCCCUGUUGUACUCGAGAGACAAAGGUCAUUGUCGAGGGACAACAAACGUGGUAGCAAACACUGUCAGGAUAGCUCAUCAGUCAGUUCCGGUGUUUUCCUGAGCUGCAGUAGUGGGUCGAAUCAACAACCAGCUAUGUCUUUUCAAAUUACACCAUCGGAAGGUACAACGCCGCUUUUGGUUUUUAUAAAUCCAAAAUCGGGCGGUCGACAAGGGGAACGAAUGUUACGGAAGUUUCAAUAUGUUUUAAAUCCUCGGCAAGUUCACAAUCUAGCAAUCGGUGGGCCCAUGCAGGGCCUGCAAAUGUUUAAGGAUGUGGAAAAUUUUAACGUGAUCUGUUGCGGCGGCGAUGGAACAGUUGGUUGGGUUUUAGAAACUAUGGAUCGUGUGCAAUUCGAGAAACAACCUGCCGUUGGCGUUAUACCUCUUGGUACAGGCAAUGAUCUUGCCAGGUGCUUACGUUGGGGUGGUGGUUACGAAGGAGAAGCGGUACACAAAGUACUUAAGAAAAUAGAAAAAGCGACACAAGUGAUGAUGGAUCGCUGGCAAAUAGAAGUGGAUCAAAAGGAUGAAAAAAAACCGAAUCAGGAUAGCAUACCAUAUAAUAUCAUUAAUAAUUAUUUCUCGGUGGGCGUCGACGCCGCUAUAUGCGUGAAAUUUCACAUGGAGAGGGAAAAAAAUCCCGAGAAAUUUAAUAGCAGAAUGAAAAAUAAACUGUGGUACUUCGAAUACGCAACCACGGAGCAGUUCGCUGCUAGUUGUAAAAAUCUUCACGAAGAUCUCGAGAUAAUUUGCGACGGUACGCCUCUGGAUUUAGCGCACGGUCCAUCUCUGCAAGGAGUCGCAUUGCUAAACAUUCCUUUCACUCACGGAGGUUCGAACCUCUGGGGCGAACAUCACACGCGGCACCGUCUUGGCAAGCGAAAAAAGCGACCCGACAAAGAACUCAGUACAAGCAGCUUCAAUUCCGUAGAUCUCACGGUCGCUAUUCAAGACAUCGGAGACAAUCUGAUCGAGGUAAUUGGUCUGGAGAACUGUUUGCACAUGGGUCAAGUGAAGACCGGACUCCGACAUUCCGGCCGAAGGUUGGCCCAGUGUAGCAGCGUCACCAUCAUCACGAGCAAACGAUUCCCCAUGCAAAUCGAUGGCGAACCUUGGAUGCAGGGUCCUUGCACGAUUCGUAUUACGCACAAAAAUCAAGUACCGAUGCUGAUGGCACCACCGCCAGAUAAGAGCAAGGGCUUCUUCCGAUUCUUAAAGAGAUGAACGCAGCAACUUUACACUUUUACCGAAGGAGGAUGGAUAUUAUCGAGUGAAAAGAUCAAUUCUGUCUUCACCCAGUCUUUGUCAUUGUCUGGCACGUUUAUUCCUCUUUAUUACGGCGGAAAUGUAUCGGUUCCAUCGUAUAUAGUCGCAGCUUCGAUACACGUCUAAACGCGAAGAACAUGAGCGUCAACGCGCCUUAGGUAUUCUUGUGUACAGUAUUUUUCAAAAUAAACGAAAUUUUAUGUCCUAGUCUUAGAUCACGCCAAGCGGUAGGCUCGACUAUCUUAAGCCUUUUUAACGUUAGAAAUUUUCAAUCGUUUGUUUGCCCUUAACUGGUAAAAUAUGGACAUCAAACGGAAAGAUAUCAAUUCUCCAUGUACGAUACAUACAUAAUAAUUCUGUUGCUAAAGUUUAAUGUCGUCUUUCAGCCAGGAAUUCAAUAGAUUUAAUUUACGAAUUUAUUUCAAUUAAAGCAUCUUUCAAAUUUAUCAAAAAUAAAGCUCGUUGACACAAAGACGUCGUCUUUCCAGUUAAGGGUCAAAUUAUCUCGCGCAAGUAUCAGUCGCACAGCGAGUGUUUUCACGUUGCGAGUUUUGAGUCUACCGCUUCUUACAUAUGCCACUCGACCGGCGCAUGUAAUUACGCAGCAAAUAGACGACAUAUUAACACGGCGAAUAUUAUGCGGCAUCGUGCAAACGAGAGUGGAGUUGAAACCAUUUCAACUUAAUGCGGAUGUGGAUACGAUUCUUUCACGAUCUAUCGCCGAAUAAUUAGCGUCUCUAGCGUAGAAGGAUGGACAAAGCAGAUGGACUGGACUGGUCGACAUUUUCGCUUGAUACGUGAUAUAUUCCUAAUUCUGGUUCUCCUUUGCACGAAUCCGUCCGUCAAACACGAGUUACAUACCUUCCUCAAUUAACUCUAUAGGUUUUUGUACCAAGGCUUAGCCGUAAAUGCUUAAUAAGGCAUAAAUCACUUAUUUAUUUAUUUAUCUGUAUGAUGUAUUUAUUUAUUUAUUUUUUUCGCGUACUUUAUAAGCAAUAUAUCAUAAGCAUAUCAAAUGCGAUUGCGUAGUAUGUUGUAAUAUUUGGUAUAAUAUUCGCGAUUAUAAUAUUUGAUUAAAUAUUUAUUAUCAUGAAAUGAUGACGUCACUGUAUAUUAUUUAACUGAAUAUUAUUUAACCUUCGCGAAUUAUAACCGAAUAGCGAAUAUACAAUCUGCGUUUAUAUUAUUUUGAAUAUUUAUUGUUUUUGAUAAUUGUAUAUAAUUAUUAUACUUUUUACAUUCUCACACUUCACAUUCAUGUCUCUACACUCUUCGUGCCCAUAAAGAAUUAUAACUGAAUUUUUCUUGUAUAUUCAUUAAUAUACGUUGUCUUAAUACGUAUAUGAAAUCGAUAUAUUCUACCUAUAUUAUUAAUAAUCUUACGCUGAUCUGAAUAAUGGUUCCAUAUGCGUUUCUCUUCUUCUCUCUGCUAUUGUUAUUCCAAUUUAAACUUUGUACAUCAAUGACGAUCGAUUCAAUAUUAUUUUUUAAGAUUUUCCGUAAACAUUAAGGAAGAAAGUAGCCUCUUAAUAUAGCCAUUAAAUGUAUCGUCUAUUAAAUCAUAGAUUCUAUAUUUCCGUGCACUUGUUAGACACAUUUUGUUAGUACGAUACAAAAUCUGAGAUAUAUCAAUUUUAAAUCUAAUUGUAGUGAAAUGAAAUUAUGUUUUUGUAAUUAUAUAUACAUAUAUAUAUAUACGCAGCCAAAGAAAUAAUGUAUACAAUACAAUUUAAAAUCCCGCAGGGACCAUCUCGAUAUAUAAACGAUAAAGAUUUUAAAUUUUCAUAUCUUCGUGCAGACUUCGAGAUUUUAAUCUUUUGUAAUAUUUAAACCGUCAUUUUUGCGGCAUCUCUCGCGGCUAUUUAGAUUUUACUUGCGUCAAAUGUAUUACGCGGAAUAAAUUGAAGAACAACGCGUCAUUGACAAUUAAUUGAUUCUAGAGCAACAAGUAUUAUAAGUGGAAGUUUUACAUAGCAUAGUUUACAUUUAUAAUAAUUCAAAGUACAAUAUUACACCUUCACUAGGUAGAUGGUUUAGCUUACUCUCCACUCACUGAUCACUCAUGAUCGUCAUUGUUUUUGUAUCGCAAUUGCGCAUAUGAUUUACGUGACGAUUAACGCGGUCGAUUAGUCGCUAGAUAAAUCGAAAUACUACGCUUAUAAACAAAAACUUGUAAUCGAUGAAGGAAAAUGUUUUAAUUUUCGAGUCGUUACCUACUAGCGAGCGAACUCUUAGAAAAAUGAAAAACGAGAGUGAAAAAAAUCGCCGCGGGGACAUACAGGAGUCUAUCCUUGCGGUUCUACGUCCCUUCGAUCUGUGAAUACUAACGGCACAAUAACGACGAUAUUGUUUUUCUAUUGGAUUGGCGCAGUGUCUCAGUGUGCUUUGUCAUUGUGUAACAUUAUAUAUGAUACGAAAAGACCCAAAAAUUACUCGUUAUACGGCAGUACGGGAAAACGUAAGACAUUCGCCACGAGAACCUAUUGGAAAUUUGAGAGCACAGCUUUACGACGAUUGCUAAUAUUUGAGACGAAAGUCAGAAGGUAAAAACUAUACUGUGUACUAACAAUAUUCCAAGAAGGACCUCGCCAAGUCUCCGGAACAUUGUAGCGAUUUCGUCGUAAAGAAUGCGAUUGUGAAGCGUGAGUCGGAUGUAAAAU